UGAUUGGGUGGUUGUGUAGCGCUACUGGUGAGGACGUGAAUAAGGAAGUUCACGGACGGUCUGUACAGUGAGAACACUGAUCCAAAGUGUCACUUUAAGACGGAAUCAACCUUCAAACAUGGCUCAAGCAGAUAUUGCUCUCAUUGGUUUGGCUGUGAUGGGCCAGAAUCUGAUUUUAAACAUGAAUGAUCAUGGAUUUGUGGUCUGUGCGUACAACAGAACCGUGUCCAAGGUCCACGACUUCUUACAGAACGAAGCCAAAGGCACUAAGGUGAUAGGAGCAGAAUCUCUUCAGGACAUGGUGUCCAAACUCAAGAAACCUCGCCGCAUCGUCCUCCUCGUGAAAGCAGGACAGGCUGUCGAUGACUUCAUUGAUAAACUGGUUCCUCUUCUUGAACGCGGUGACAUCAUCAUUGAUGGUGGAAAUUCAGAGUACAGAGAUACAACAAGACGUUGUAAGAGCCUGAAGGAGAAGACUCUUUUGUUUGUGGGAAGUGGAGUGAGUGGAGGAGAAGAGGGGGCUCGAUAUGGACCCUCACUGAUGCCAGGGGGGCAUAAAGAGGCCUGGCCACACAUUAAGGAGAUCUUUCAGAGUAUUGCCGCCAAGGUGGGCACAGGAGAGCCUUGCUGUGACUGGGUUGGAGAUGAAGGAGCUGGACAUUUUGUUAAGAUGGUCCACAACGGUAUUGAAUACGGUGACAUGCAGCUGAUCUGUGAGGCGUAUCAUCUAAUGAAGGAUGUGCUGUGUAUGGACCAUGAUGAAAUGGCCCAGGUCUUUGAUCAAUGGAAUAAAACCGAGCUGGACUCCUUCCUCAUUGAGAUCACUGCAAACAUUCUGAAGUUUAAGGAUGCAGAUGGCACUCACCUGCUGCCCAAGAUCAGAGACAGCGCUGGGCAGAAAGGCACAGGGAAAUGGACGGCCAUCUCAGCUUUGGAGUACGGCACACCUGUUACAUUAAUCGGGGAAGCUGUCUUUGCCAGAUGUCUCUCUUCUCUAAAGGAUGAGAGAGUCCAGGCCAGUAAGAGCCUCACUGGCCCUCAGGGGGUCAAGUUUACUGGAAACAAGACACAGUUUCUUGAAGACAUCAGAAAGGCUUUAUAUGCAUCUAAGAUCAUCUCAUACGCCCAAGGUUUUAUGCUGCUUCUGCAGGCUGCGAAAGAGUUCGGCUGGUCUCUCAAUUAUGGUGCGAUUGCUCUGAUGUGGAGAGGAGGCUGCAUCAUCCGCAGUGUUUUCUUGGGGAAGAUCAAGGAAGCGUUUGACCGGGAUUCAGAGCUGCAGAAUUUACUGCUGGAUAGCUUUUUCAGUAACGCUGUACAGGAGUGCCAGGACUCAUGGCGUAGGGUAGUAAGCACAGGUGUGCAGCAGGGAAUUCCCAUGCCAUCUUUUACCACCGCGCUGUCCUUUUAUGACGGCUACAGGCAUGAGAUGCUCCCGGCCAACAUGCUGCAGGCACAGAGGGACUACUUUGGUGCCCACACGUAUGAGCUGCUAUCAAACCCUGGGACUUUCAUCCACACCAACUGGACGGGCCACGGAGGAAACGUUUCAUCCUCUUCCUAUAACGCCUGAUCGAGGGUCCUGUUUGACUGAACGGCAGAGAACAUCAUCUCAUGGACCAGAGCAGCUGAACACAUUCCUCCUGAAGAUCUGAGGUUCAACUCACACUGUAGUUUUUACUGAAGAGUAUUCAAUGCAGAUUUCUAUUUAUAUAGUGUGUACACGGUUUGUAAUUUGUUUCUUGUAGUUUUCCUGUAGGCCCUCUGUCACAAACACAACACAUAUUUGUGAGCAAGCCUGUUGACAUUAUUUCUGUUGUAGACUUGGCUCUCCACUCAUGUUCAUAGUGUUAACCCUGGAUUAUGGGUAACCAUUGCACUGCAUUAGGCUAAAUAAAGAUUUCAAUCCCUUUUUAAUGAGA